CCUUCAGAAUCACGCUUGUUCUUUCACGCACGCCCUCCUCGAGCACUGCCUUCUUCAGUUGUUUCGCAGGCACGGCCAAGGCUGCCUCUCAGGGCCGAUGUCGCGCAGGUGUCUUCUGAGGCUCUUCGUCCUUCACGUCGCCGCAGCCUGCUAUGAAGUCAACUUGACGAGCAAGACGCCCUUGCCCACUUCUGGAGGCGCUGACGGCGUGGAGGCGAUGGUGGGCAUCCGGCCGGAGGGCGACUGGGGCGCGCUGUUCCAGCUGGAGCGAGAAGACCGGGUCGUGGCCAAGAUCAACAUCUCGCACAGGGAAAGCAAAACGGGAAAUAAAACUGCUUACAACGACCAUUUGGCAAUCCAGUGUGGAGACAAAACUCCUCAGCCAUUUGAUUCUCCCUGGCCGACGGCCUGGCUCUCCGGUGAAGUCAAGUGCCUUCUGUUCAGGGUAUCCGAUAAUCUCAUCCACGUUUUGCAAAAGGAAGGCUCUUCAGAAUCGCAUAUCGGAUCAGACAUGUGCAAAGUGAAUCUGUCUAACAUCUCUUUCUCGGCCUCAAACCUCCCGCAUCUACCCGCGCCGAUGCUCAGUCCUGGCUGUGCUGACGGAGAACUAAAUAAUGGCACAAAGGCAAAGUCAGAAGACCAACAAACGGAACGUCCGCUGCUGUACGUCACUGGAUUCCUCAUACUGCUCGCCUUAGUACUGUCGACCGUCAUUAUUUUCAUGAUUCUGUGACUACGGAAACACCUCCUCGCCCUGGCGAUGACUGGCACUGAGGCUGAAGGCGAUGACAACGCGACGCGGAAUCGGAGGAAUGCCAAAUGCGUGGGAACAAGUGAUAGAGGUGUGAGUGAGGUGCUGCCAUUACGUUGAGAAAUUCAGUGUUGAAUAUUGUGGACUGUUCGUGAUUAUUUCUUGUACCGUCAACUGAUUCCGUUUCAUUUCUAUUGUUGAGAUAUUUGAUUCCUUCUAAAGGAUUUCGCUUGAAUGCCAAAAUAUUGUAUAAAUGUAGAAUAAGAUUAAUAAAAAUCUCAGUUCGUUUA